UAAUCCAUGAAAAGGAUAAUGAAUAAUAAUGCGGGACAAGACAAAAUGUCUGAGAUUUUUCCGAAGGUUAAUCCUGACUUAGUGAUUGCGGGGCAGUUACACAAAAUAGAUUUAUACCGAUAGAUACACUUUCGUAUUAAAUUAUUAGUAAAAUGAGAGACAUUUGGCGUGGCUGGAUCAAAAAAUAUUUUUUGAAGCCUGUCCUACGUAUUUUUGAUUAGUCGGUAUGGGGUAAAGGGAGGGGGGAUUGACCUUCUUGUCAUAAUUCUUCCAUUUUAUUGAAGCUUUUUUUUAACACUGCCUAUUUUAUUUGAAUUUUGUAUUUAAUAUUUUUUGAAAUGAUAGUGUUGAAUAGCUGUUUUGAUUAUUCAAUGAAUAAUUAUUCGGAUCAACCCCACAAACUUUUGUUCCUUCCCUGAAUUGGUUGGGCUACUGACACCUGCUUAAGGAUCUUGGUUAAUUAAAGUUGGUGGGUCUGUUCGGAAUUUGCACUAAACUUUUUAAGUUUAUGUAUAUGUUGCUCUACGACUGGGGUACAGGAAUUUUUAAGUGGCUUUUUUUCUUUAGUUUUCUUUGCUCUGCUAUGUAAAGAAACUCGUUCCCUAAUUAAUUCCGUUUAUUUAUGUAAUUCAGACGCGCGACUCGGUAGAGUUAGCUCUUUAUGUUACCAUUAAUUUACAUUUUGUAUUUACUAAACAGCAAGGAUAAGAGACAGUUAGAAUAUGAUUACAAAUGUUUUGGUGGCUUUAGUUUUAUCAACUCUUUGUUAUUGCUUACUUUUGAAUACAAGUCUAGUCUUUGACCCACACCAUAUAACUUUUCGGAUCAAUAAUUUUAUUCUAUGCGUGCAUAGAUUAUGGAAUAAUAUUUUACCUUUCAUCAACAAGCGCCACUUUCGUAUCAAUUUCAAUUACCAUAGUAAUCAACCGCAUGCUGGAUAGUUUCAUGUCGAAUACCACAAUCUGAUUUCAAUUGUCGUAAUCACUUUUCAAAUAAUAUGCAACUCAAGAGUAUCUGCAAUAUCUUAUAAACCGUACGGAAAAUCUUUUCUGUGCAUCAUGAUGAUUUUAUACAAUCUAACAUUUUAUUUUUUUUGCCCUUACAAUUUAUUUUAUUUUAUUUAUUCCUUUGAGGUGGGGUACAGAAAGCGGGGCUGUAUUGGAUCGUACCCCACAUAAUCAUUAUCCUUAAAUACAAAAUGAGAAGUACAGCAAAACAAAAUUAUUACAAUGACCAUUUGAGGGCAAUAAAUUAAGAAAUAGUUGACAUCAAUUCAAUCAUAAAAUCGAGAACAAAAAAUAAAACAAAUCCCCUAGAUCUGGUCACAGAAGCAAAAACGAGAAUUUUAUUAAAUAAGUUCCAGUUUAGGAUGGAAUUCCCCAAAAUCUUAUCACAGAUUAAUUCUGCUAAAGCGUACAUAUGUCAUUCAAAAAUCUUUAAAACAAAGAGUCGGAUUUGGGGUAACUUCAACCUAAAAAAAUAGGAUGGGUACAAUAGAAUAGCUUUUUUUCGUAAAAUGAAACAAACGUAAAUGUUAAUUGUUGCAUUGUGGUAUAGAAAAAAAGUUAAGCUAUAAUAGCGGGUUGUGAGCUCGUUGGGUUGUCCCCUACUCAUCUCAAUUUGUUAUCUGAAAUAAACGAAGCCCUUGAAUGAACCAGUGACAACUCAACACCCGACCAUGCAACUAAUUGUUAUUGUUACAUCAAGCGAAUAGCAUACUCAAGAUUAAAAACCUACUACGGUUAUGAAUUGCUCAAUUGUUUUUGAACUACAUUUACUUAAGCGAUUUGACGCUUCGUCAAUUCUAGCAAAGACUUUUGCAUAUGGGAAAUAGCUUCUUUAAUUAAUUGACAGUGCGAAAACUACAUAAAUUUUCUCGACUGGUCAACAGGAGAUUCUGCCUUCAUCGGGUAAUUCCCUUGAUAAUGUCAUUUAAUAUUUAUCAAAAUUAUAUAUAUAAAUUAUAUAAUUUGAUUAAGUAGAUUUAUUAUUUUCUUACAGUAACUGGACACAGAUUUAUUAAUAAGAAAAGAACUCUGUCAAUUGAUAGAAAUUAGACGGUAAUAAUGAUAAUGAAAGACAUAUGCUCUAGACUCUCGCUAGCCCAAGGAUAAAAUUAAUUAAGUGUAUGAUCAAUUUUGAUUAUGAUUCAAUCUGAUUCCUUCUAUUGUAUCUCUUGGUAGUAGAGAGGUUUAUUACGAUUUCAGGACAAUUACAAUUUGCGGAGUGCAGGCCAAAUACCGAUCUGUCGGACGCAGAAUAUGUCUGUCGUACCGUGCAUGAUUUCACCUUCCUCUUUUUUUUAUUUCUAAACUUACGAGAAGUGGAUUUUUUCCGCUUCAGUAAAUGAUUUAUAGUAUAGAUUAAUUUUUUCACUAGUGGUGUUAUUGCAUUCUCUUCAUUAAAAAUCGUAUGAAAAUGUAUCGGACGACUUCAAUCUUAGCAUAGGCUACUAUUGCGGAGAAAAGGAACUUGGAACUGUUGAAAUUUUUUUUUAAAAAAAUGUCGUUUUUUUCGUACGAUUUUUCGUAAUAAAAAAUAAAAUAUUUAACCUAGGAAAGAAAAAUUGUGUCAUCCGCUAGGGUUGGCCCCUUACUAUUUUUCCUAGUUGCGGGAUUUGCGGCCACGAAAAUGCUAGACUGGAAGGACUCACAAACAGAGCAAACAAAAUUCACAGCUUACAAAGGAAGAACACUAUGUGAUAAAAUUAUUACGUUUUACCCUUUGUCUUUAUAGUAUAUAAGAAUAAAAACGAUUUUCAAAGCUAUUCGAGGACUUAUAUUUUAGAAGGUUGUUACCUCAUAAUUAAAUGUAGUGCUUUAGUUAAAAUAUUUUUACAAAUUGGGUUAAAAUGAAAGAUUAUUUUCCGAUUCUCCCCCAUAUUGCAUUUGAUAUAUCUAUUACCAGUUUCCGUUUGAUGAUAUGCUUUAAUAAUCAAUAUACACUAGAUAUAAAAUAAUUGUUUCUUUAAAAAAGAGGGGCGUGUAUAAGAAUUCAUAGGUAAGUAAAAUUUAGAAAUGUUUAUAACUCAAAUUUGUCUAUACCUUUGCGACCAAUUUGCAACGAAAUUUUCUUUUUCUUGAACGAUUUGAGAGAAACUUUAGAAAAUCUCAAUUUAUAUAUAACAGAUGUAAUAAACAUUAAAAAAAAAUGAGUAGAAUUAUGAAGAGGAAGUCGAGAGCUAAUAGAGAAUCUAAUCCUUCUUGUGCACCAGUCGUUGUAGACCACAAUUAAUGGC